UAAUUUUGUGGGGAAGGCAGAGUAAGAGAACGUAGACCACGCUCUUAUACCAUGUUAAAUUGUGUAUUUGGUAUUGGAAUCAAUUGUUUCUCAUUGAAAAAUAAAGUCAGGAUACAACCACACAUAUAUAGGAAAAUGACACAACCUAUUAGGAAAGAAUAAAUAUGAAAAGAGAAUGAUUAUACGCAAUCCCGAGAUUAUGGAAUUGAGAUCCUGAUUGAUUGUUUCAUUGUGCGGUGCUAAUUGAUAGUUGCCUUCUUUUGCAUAGUGUCCUUUUUGCACAAAACUAGUAUAUACAAUGGAAGUGAAUGAGAAGUGCGACGUUUACAGUUUUGGGGUGCUAACACUGGAAGUGAUUAUGGGGAAGCAUCCGGGCGAUCUCAUAUCAUCUCUAUCAUUAUCAUCAUCUGCAUUGUCAUCAUCUAAUGGACAGGCAAUUUUGUUGAAGGACGUGUUGGAUCAACGCCUCCCGCAUCCUAAAGAUCAAGUGGCAGAACUGGUAGUGGUUGCUGCGAAAUUAGCAUCUGCGUGCUUGAAUGCUAGUCCAGUGUAUCGACCAACCAUGCAACAAGUUGCUAGGAAGCUGUCAAGUCCAAGGCAAUCUUUGCAAAUUGAGUUCCACCUGAUUACAUUAGGAGAUCUUCUUGGUACCAAGUGCUUCACUUCUUGAGUUUCCUUGGACUUCAGCUCUUGUUGAUAUUUUUAAACGCCGGUUUUUAUUUUUAUUUGUAUUUUGACGACUUUUCAAUUUCACCCUUGUUUAGUGUGCUUUCUACAAUCUUUUGUGCUUUGUUGAUGUGGAAUAUCAAGAUAUGAUGUAAAAUAGACUUUCAUUCAAUAAAGGGUAAAUUUCACUGA